GUUUUCCAGCUAUCCAGACAUGCAAUGGGCGCCGUGACAGAGUUCUCAGAACGCAUACCUUCGCUGCAAAGAAUUCUUGCACUUGACAAAACCCUGCCGCAGUUCGACGAUCAGCUUAAUGAAGUUUGCAGUAUCCUGAAAAUUAACAGCUUGCUGCUAGAGCCAAAAGAGCAUCUGAACAGGCAAAAAUAUGGUCAAUCUUGCGUGCUCCCGCAUACAGGCUUGAUCCUGCGUUGGUUACUAGACAAGCUCCACUCAUCGUUGCCCGUGGGACGAGAUGCUCGAAAGAAUCCAAGAUCUUGGACUAUACUUGGCUGUUUGCUAUCUUCCAAAGCAAUCACGGAGGUUUCAUCUCUCCAAAAGCUUACUAGCUUCCUUGAGAUAUUCCAGAGAGCACUACAAGAGUCGUUCACAGACUGCCACAUUCAGAAUGCCGAAGUGCCAAUACAAAGUUUCUCUGGCGGUAAAAAACGCAAGCGAGGGGGCAUAGUGGUUAAAGAUCGUUCACCAGAGCUACAAUUACGGGAUGUAAGCGAGACUUGCUUAUCUCUAUUCAACGCCAUGCGGAGCACUUUAACAACGGUCAUCUCUAUCUCCAUAGCUGGUAUGACUGGUGCGACCGGCGCUUGUGUACAUAUGCAAAAAGUCUUGACUGCUAGUAGCAGUAGAGCGGCUGAUCUAUUGAGACUUUGGUGCUUAGCUCUCGAAUCCUUACCGACUGCUCGGGAAGAUUGGAUUCUUGUUCACGAUUUGCAGCGACAUGGCCCAGUGUCUUCACCAUUGUCGCCAAUGAUCGAUGUCUGGACACUGAGCGAAAGAUCAAACCCGAAAGAUGAUGCGAUAUUAGCAUUCGCCAGAACCUCGCUCGUACCUGUUCUCAAUCUCCUGCAAAAUCUUAGUCCCGGAGAACUCAGAUCUACAACAGUCGUUGCUCGUAGGGAGCUAGAGAGCUUAGUGGCAUCGCAAAUUAUCUUGCCAGCACGGGAUAUUCAGUUAUGUCAAGGCUUGGAGGCCUGUUCGACAAGACUUGACUCCUGGUUUGAACCUCUAACGCAACUACAAUCAGAUUUGACAGGGUCUCAUACACAAUCUUCACAUAGAGACAUUAUGCAGGAAAGUGCUUUACAACUUGUUCCACUGCUGUGGUCUGUCGCACUCAGAACGACGCUCCGGGUUGAUCAGAGGAAGAAGACGAUCGAAGAGUCAUGGCUGCUUACCUUAUUCCGGUCGUUAGCCAAAUGUGCUGGCUUUCCCCUGGAUCCAGAUAGCCCUGUUCAGUCAGGUAACACCAACGUCCAAUGCCUCAUAACUCUGUUUGAUAUGGCUAUGGAACACCAGUUUCAGAUUGAUUCAGAUGUGCUUAGAAUCAUUAUAGAGAAGUACUCCGGGUUGGCGCAGGUGUAUGAGGCAGUGAAUUGGAAUCUCGUCAUCGCAGUCAUUCGUAUGGAUGCGUCCAUCUUUCUCGUUCAGGGUGCCAAUGUCGUUAAGAACUCAGAGAGCACUCGCACCAUAGGGGAUGCGCUCUUUAACUCAUUAUCAAUCGCAACCAAGGAUCCAGAUCCGGAAGAAUUUAGUCUUGAACAAAGCCUCAAACGCGACGUUUUGGUCCCGAUUGUGAAUGUCCAUGCCUCGACAAAGAACCUCGAACGGCUCAUUCAGCGCUGGCAUGCCGAGAUCGUGAGAUCCCUGACAGACGCAAACGAUACUAAAGAAUUGUCCAAGUCUUUGUGGGAAUCGUCCGUCUUAAGGGAAUCGCUUUUAACUCUACUCGAACAAUCAUUGUCUUCAAAACAGCUCACACGACUGCUAAGUAUAUAUAUGGAUAGUCUAGGAAAAGAAGCGGAGAAUUACCAUACGACAAGCUCCUCUGCUAAACGGACUGAAAUUGUUCUUGCUAUCAACGCAGAUGUCGUCAUCUUGGAUGCAAUUACUGAGGGACUCAUUGGCGAUCAGAUCAUUGACGAGCUUCUUCCGGUCAUCUUGCAAAUUUACGAUCUAUGCGUGGCCGUAUUCGAAGAGCACAAAAUGCGCGAUAUGCGUCAUAUGGACAAGUCAUGGAGACUUUUGUCUAAGAUGGAGACCAUGGUCAGAAGACAAAAGCCGCAAAGUCCUAGCACAGCUGUCCAAGAGCCUGUCAUGGAGCUAUCUAGAGCCGCUGUGACGAUGAUGAAAUUGAACGUUGCACCGAAUGACCGCAGAGCACUUGACACCAGAAACGAAGCGUUGGAGUACACUCUCAAUGUUUUGACUGCUGUUGAUCCCGGUUCUGAAACUCAUAACUACUUGCUAUCGAGUAUCGAGACAGUCUUCGCGACACUGAUUCCUACUCGACAAUGGACGAUUACGGACAGUUCUCUAAGCCCCUCGAGACUACCUUCUGACGAAGUUGUAUGUCGCUCGAUCAGCGCAUUAUUGAGCCACCCUAGUGUGCUAGAAAUGUUUUCGAGAGAUGUCCGCGGCCGUAUUUUCAAGGAGACCAUGAUUCGUGCAUACGAAGAACGAAUAGAGAAUCCCGGAGAGAGUUCCGAUGGUUGCAUAUCAAAUUUGGCCGCACGGUACCGCCUCUUGUUAGAGUCAUUUCGCGACCUCGGGCUUUCUACAGGUUAUAGAAAUACACUUGCGGGGAUUUGCACAGUCUCCAAGUCUGCCAUCGACGCUGCCUGUAAGAUAUUUCAAGAGAAGAUUGAUCGUAACACAAUGACUGCGGCCAACAGGAUCGCCAGCAUUCAAUGCGACCUCUUUCUACCAGUCGAUCCAAGUGCCAUACCAAGAGAGACUCGUGAGCAUUUGCUAGACGCAAUGACAUCUUGGAUGUGUAACAAGGCGUCUCUUGCUCACACUACCAUUUCUAAAGCACUCGCCUUGCUAGUACACCUGAUGGUAGUGCCCAAUGCAACCUCAAAGGUCUGCCUCGACGCAGAGUAUUUAUUUCAACUAUCGCAUACCAUUUCCCUAGAUAUAAACGCUUCUGAACAGGUAUCUAUGUAUCGCAUGUUUAUUCAUAUGUGCAUAUACCACGUUGCCAAUACGAUUGAACAACAACGUAGCAAGCGGAUGAUCGAGAGCCUUCGCGAACUGACCUAUCGUGGUCUUAGCCAAUCUGAACACAAGAAAUUGAGCCCCGGAUGUCUCAUUCUAUACAGUUCAGUUGCUUCAUUGUGGAGCGUUCAUGGGUCUGGACCAAACCGAGAGGAGGCAGAGCUUCUUAUCGGUCUCCUAUUAUCGGCCACUCGAGCGGCUACUUCGAAAUCGGAAAGUGGUCUGCCACUUCAUAUCUGUACGAUCCAGGAUAUUCUCGCUGCUCUCACGUCCACGAGGGAAAUAUCGGACACAAGUCAAGGUAAAAUACAAGGGAUCUAUGCCAAACUUGACAAGAGCAGAAGAAAGGUAUGUCUCUCGAGCCGCGCGUUCCAGCAAUGUGCCGAGCUUGUAGGGCCAAAUUCUGCAAGUACGGAGUCAGCCAUAUAUGACUGUUGCGCUCUAUUGACUUCUGGAGCAGCAAGUGCCCAAACCCAAAUGGAAGCACUUGACGUAGUCCAAAAGACCUUAAGUCAAUCCGACGUGAAUUUCAAGGCAACCCUAGCAACGUCGCUCUCAACUGUCACCGUAGGCCAGUCAACAUUGACGACAGGCCAGCUCCGUAUCCUCGCGAUCCUUCUCAGUACCCUCGAAAAGUCCUCGACCACCAGUCAGACAUACACGGCUUUCAUCCAAUCGAUCGCGACCCUCUGCACCCUGCUUCCUCAAUCGAUCAAAACAGGCACUUUCGCGCUCACAGUGUCGUGUCUCCUGGUUCCCCUGCGAUCCAAAGUCUUCCUCAUGUCUCAAUCGGCCAUUGACGCCCUUCUCUCCGCUCUCCUCACAGCAUCCCACCCUUCGCACUCAUCCCUCAAAUCGAACACCGCAGGCCCUUUCUACACAGGCCUGUGUACACUCACCCACGCAACCAUUCUCCUACAUCGCACCCGUCUCGGUGGGCGCUACCACAUCCUCACUGCUAUUCUCCAAAACCUCAUAACUGCCCUACACACACCUCUCUCGCCAACUUCAUCUCAUGUGCAACACACAAACGAUCUGACCAGCAAACACGCCUCUGUAUACACCCGAAUCCUCACCACGCUCUGCUCACCAACCCAAUCUUCCGUUGUACGCCAACGCCGCAGUCGAGAUGCACUUGUUGACGAAACGAAAGUCGCGAAAACAUACGCAGGCGAGUAUGUGGGAGACGUGAUCAGUGCGUUUUGUGCUGCACAGCUGGAUGGUACGCUAGAGAGAGGCAUGAGAGAGGCGUUGGAGUCGGGUCUGUGGGCGGCCAUGGAUGUUAUUGGUGAGGAGGGCUUGAAAACCCUCAGCUCGAGUCUCAACACUAACACCAGAGCUGUGCUGCGCGGGUUGGUGGCGAAUUGGAAAAAGUUUGGGAGGAGUGAGAACAGAUAAGAACUUCCAUGAGACUAAGAUGAGAUUCGGUCGACAGCGAGUCGCCGGUCAUGUUUAUAUAGUCGCACUAGUGAGAUUCAUGAGAUAGUUAUUUCACCGUGCGAAGACCACU